AUGGAUAAUAACGCUGCAAAUUCGGAGAAAUCUCACCUUAUAGACGAGAAGAACGCAAAGAUGUAUUCCUUAAAACUGCAAAGCACCUUUCCAGACUCUAAAGAGCAGUACCCAGACUUCCCUUUUAAAAAUGGAGAUGUGUCCGGGGCCAUCGAGCUGAAACGACCCGUCGGCAGCCACUGUCACGGCCCCAAAGCUACGACGUGUGAGGACAGCGUGGACAAGGUGCUGGCCAAGAAGAAACUCUACAUCGCUUCAGCGGUCUGUCUCGUCUUCAUGAUCGGCGAGGUCAUAGGAGGCUACCUGGCCCACAGCCUGGCCAUCAUGACUGACGCAGCCCACCUCCUGACAGACUUUGGCAGUAUGAUGGUGAGCCUGUUCUCCCUGUGGAUCUCCUCCAGACCGCCCACCAAAACCAUGAACUUUGGUUGGCACAGAUCAGAGAUCCUCGGGGCAUUUGUCUCAGUCAUGUCCAUCUGGAUCGUCACAGGAGCUCUGGUCUACUUAGCCAUCGAGAGGAUCGUACGCAACGACUAUGAGAUUGACGGCCACGUAAUGUUGGUCACCUCUGGGUGCGCCGUCAUCGUCAAUAUUGUCAUGGCCUACAUCCUCCAUCAUUCGACCACCUUCCACGCCCAUGGCAGCGGUUAUCACCACAUCGACGAGGACGGUCAGAGCCCCGUCAGUUACGGACACAGCCACACGCUCCUUAGUGGCCACAGCAACACCAGCGUCCGCGCUGCCUUCAUCCACGUGGUCGGAGACCUGCUGCAGAGCAUCGGCGUCAUGGUGGCAGCGACCAUCAUCUACUUUCGGCCUGAGUACAAGGUUGCAGAUCCCAUCUGUACCUUCCUGUUUUCUGUCUUUGUCCUCUGCACCACCGUCACCAUCCUCAGAGACGUCUUCAGGAUACUCAUGGAAGGGUCUCCUAAAGGAAUAGAGUUUAACUCGGUGAAGGAGGUGCUGCUGACUGUGAAAGCUGUGAAGUCCAUGCACUGUCUGCACCUGUGGGCUCUGACGCUGGGUCAGUCCCUGGUUUCUGUUCACCUGGCCAUAGAGGAGGGUGCUGACCCUCAGUCUGUGCUGCAGGAGGCCACCGACCUGCUCCACACCAAGUUUGGUUUCUACAGCAUCACCAUCCAGGUGGAGCUCUACUCUGAAGACAUGAGCCACUGCUCCCACUGCCAGGACCCCAGUGACUGA